AUGUCGACCAUUCCCCUCAUUAUUGAUGGACGAGAUGUCCCGUCGCCUCUUCAAGGCACCGUCGUCAACCCGUAUGAUCAGGGUCCUGUCCUCUACCAAGGCGCGACCAAGGAACUGGCUUUGCAAGCCGCACAGUCCAGCGCACAGGCAUUUACCACAUGGUCCAAGACCACCCCGGUAGAGCGCCGGACCUUGUUAUUCAAGUUGGCCGAGGUUCUGCGCAAUCGAGCCGAGGAACUCAAGCGCGUGUGUGAUGAAGAGAUCCAUUGCGGCCCCCUGUGGGCAGAAAUCAUCACCAGCGACGCUAUCGGUCUGAUCGAAGAGUAUGGCGCCCUCACCACCAGUAUAGCCACCGGCUCACUGCCCUUUAUCCAAAACGGUCACGGUUUAGUCCUUAAAGAACCGCUCGGAGUAGUGUUCGGGAUCGCUCCGUGGAACGCUCCCAUAAUCUUGGGCCUCCGUGCGGUGGUGGCUCCUAUCGCCGCAGGGAAUGUCGCGAUCCUGAAGGCAAGCCGCCCCCCGAACGAUGCGGACCGCGAGACCGGAUCCGAAUUGAGUCCCCAAACCCACUACCUCAUCGCCUCGCUGUUCCGCGAAGCUGGUUUCCCUCCUGGCGUGCUGAACUUCCUUUUGCAUCGACCGGAGGACGCGGCGGAUAUUUUCGAUGUGCUCAUCAACCACCCCGCCAUCAAGAAAUGCAACUUCACCGGGUCGACCCAGGUCGGGCGUAUCAUCGCCUCGCAAGCUGCCCUAGCCCUCAAGCCCGUAUUGUUAGAACUGGGCGGUAAGAACUUCACUGUGGUACUCGAUGACGCCGACUUAGAUCUUGCGGCCCGAGAGAUCACCAAAGGCGCCUUCCUCAAUAACGGUCAAAUCUGCAUGUCGACCGACAUGGUCCUGGUCACGACCGCCGUGGCUCCGGCUCUCGAAGCCAAGAUCCUGGCCAUCCUGAAUGAUAUUGAUACCACCUCGGUGCUCAUCUCCCCGGCAGCCAAAGCCAAGGUGGAGAUGCUCGUAUCCGACGCGCGCGAUAAGGGUGCUCGAAUUCAUACACCCCCAAGAGUCAAUGACCCCUCGCCGCGCAGCUUCCCUCCCACCGUGGUGACGGGGUUGACGCCUCAGAUGAAGCUCUACGAAAUCGAGUCCUUCGGUCCGGUGGUCGGCAUCGUGGCAGUUGAGACGGAAGAACAGAUUAUGGCCAUUAUCGGGGAGGCUAAGUACGGAUUGUCGAGCUCAAUCAUUUCACGGAAUCAUUACCGCGCCCUCGAGCUGGCUGGCUCUAUCAAGGCGGGGGCGGUCCACAUUAAUUCCAUGACCGUGCAUGACGAGCCCACUCUGCCUCACGGAGGGUAUGGGGAUAGUGGUUGGGGUCGGUUUGGCGCUCGCUGGGGGUUGGAGGAGUUCGUCCAGACUAAAGUCGUCACCCUGCAUCCGUAG